UACUAACCUCUGUUGAACUCCACCGGUUUAAUAAAAAUAGAACUGCAAAAUCGUCUGUGCACAGUGAGUACGUAAAGUCUAACAAACGUAUAGAGAACAUUUUGUGUUUCUAACUUUACCAGUACGUAGACUCUUUGGCCAGUUUCGAGACACAAGAUAACUCGUAUCCCGAUCGGGAUAUGAACCAGAAACGACAACAUAUUCACGGACCACCAUUAUAGUAACACGUGCAAUGUCAUUCGAAUCACAAGAACUCGGGUUCUAAGAAGUGGCUGACCUUGAGAGAAUGCCCCAUCAUUGUCUCGCUGCAGACCGCCUCAGAUGACGUACGAAUUGAAGGAGAGAAGUCACGUUCCAGCUUUACACACGGUGACAUGCUGAGCAGGAAGUGUAGCAGUAAGGCGCGACUGGAUGGCCGGACCGCGGUAGUCACAGGAGCCAACAGUGGCAUCGGGAAGGCGACCGCCCUGGAUUUGUUUCGUCGAGGUGGCCGAAUUAUCUUGGCUUGCCGGGACCUGAAGCGCGCACAGGAAGCUGUUGACGACAUCAGGAGACAAACUUCCGGUAUCGAGGGUCUCGGAGAACUGGUGAUUGUGCAUCUGGACUUAUCGUCCCUCGCCUCGGUACGAGAGUGCGCCAAGAAUUUGUUACGCACUGAGAAACAAAUCCACCUUCUCAUCAACAAUGCUGGAGUGUGUUUCAUCCCCAAGAGAUUGACUAAGGAUGGCUUUGAGAUGCACCUCGGCGUGAAUCACUUCGGACACUUCCUCCUCACCAGUCUCCUUCUUCCUUGCAUUAUCCGCUCGGCCCCAGCCAGAAUUAUCACAGUGUCAUCAAAGUUUCACACAAUGGAUCCAAAUAUACCUCUAGAUGACGUCGCUUGGGAAAACCAGACAUUCAGUACUUUUAAAGCGUACUCACAGUCAAAGCUGGCAAAUAUUCUGUUCACCAAGGAAUUGGCCAACAAAUUACAAGGAACAGGAGUGACAACGUAUGCCGUGGAGCCAGGUGUGGUAUCGACUGAUGCCCUGCGGUAUGCAAAUGAGUCCAUGUUCCAAGGUGCGAGGUGGCUGCUUCGAAUGUUUAGUCCUCUGGCAAAAACAGCGACACAGGGAGCCCAGACAACGAUUUACUGUGCAGUGGACGAGAAGGUGGUCGCAGAGAGUGGGUUUUACUACGGCAACUGCAGAUUAUCAACGCCGUCGACUGCAGCGAGGGACCCGGAGAGGGCCAAAAUGUUAUGGGACGCAAGUGUUCGUCUGGUGGGCCUUGAGAACUGGGACCCGUUCACCGCAGGAGAUGUGUUUCCUUCAGACUGUGCUGAGAACACGAAGCUCUGAACAAGCUUUUGCAGCAAGAAACACUGUGCAAAUAAUCACGCGAAAUUUAAACUACGUAAUUCUUUUUGUAAAUCUGGAUGAAAAGAAAAAAAAAAUCUCUGUGUUAAGAUCUCGAAAGAUUAUGUUUUUAGACAUUAAACUAUAAAUGAUAUUGUAGCGUA